CUUCGUGUGACUUCAGUCGCUUUGGUUUUGUUAGUUUUCCUUCUUUUCCCUUGCUGCUUGCUAUUCCCUCCACCACCCCGUGUCCUAAAAUUGUUUCAUCCCACGGAUACGGGGCAUUGCACAUACAUUACACGACAGGUCAUAGCCUUACAGACAUAGAUUAUUAUUAUAACUUGGGUUGCCAUGAGCUCUCCACCGUUAUCUCCCCUGUCGCCCUUGUCGCCCACUCUGGGCAAUAUCCCCAUCAAGUGGAGACGGGUGUCCGAGACGGGGACGGGGGCCUUCAGGAACCGGAUCCCCACGCAGCUUCGGCGGGCCCUCCCUCUGUACGCCGUCGUCGCCGUCCUCCUCUUCCUCAUGUUCAACGCCCACGUCGUGACAUUGCCUCCCUCGGCCAGCAGCAUACUCAACGGCCAUCAUCAACAACAGCCUGCUGACCAUGGCUUCCCCAAGAAGAUCUGGCAAUCCUGGAAGGUCGACCCCUACAACAUGGCCACUCGCGACCUCAACACGGCCAAGACGUGGACCAGCAAGAACCCGGGCUACCGCUACGAGCUCUUGACGGAUAACAACGACAUGGUCUACGUGGAAGAGCAGUAUGGUCCCCACGGAAUCAACCGCCCAGACAUUAUCGACUUUUAUCGCGCCGUCAACAUCUCCAUCAUCAAAGCCGACUUGCUGCGGUACCUCAUCAUGUACGCCGAAGGUGGCGUCUACGCCGACAUUGACGUUGAGGCUCUGCGGCCCAUCAAACGAUUCGUGCCUGAACGCUACUGGGACUCGCUUUCGGAAAUCGACAUGGUGGUCGGCAUCGAGAUCGACCAGCCCGAAUUCCGCGACCACCCGAUUUUGGGGUCCAAAUGCAUGUCCUUCUGCCAAUGGACCUUCAUGUGCAAGCCUCGGUUACCCGUCAUGCUCAACCUCGUCGAAAACAUCAUGACCUGGCUUAACUCGCUUGCCGCACAGCAACAGGUCCACCUCUCGGAACUGCACCUCGACUUUGACGAAGUCAUUUCCGGCACGGGACCCUCGGCUUUCACCAUUGCGUUGCUGAAGGAAAUGAAUCGCAUCUCUCAUAGCCCAAAGGAAAUCACCUGGGAUAAUUUCCACGCCAUGGACGAAUCCAAGGUCGUUUCCCGCGUGCUGGUACUAGACGUCGAAGCCUUUGCCGCUGGCCAGGGCCACUCGGACUCAGGUAACCACAAUGCCCGCGGUGCGUUGGUCAAGCAUCACUACCACGCAUCGAAUUGGCCGUCCAAACACCCGCGCUACGCACACCCCGUGUACGGCGAGGUCGAGAGAUGUAAUUGGGAUUUGGCCUGCGUGCAGAAGUGGGAUCGCGACGUGGAGGCGUACAAGUCGCUUUCGAUUGAAGAGCAAAACAAGUUAAAGGAGGAAAGGAGGAUGGAGCUGGAGAAGUUGCGGGAGCAGCAGCUGAAGGAACAGGAGCAGGCGAUCCGGCUGGAGCAGUUUGGCGAGGCGGUGCGCAAGGCGGAGGAAGAGCAGAGGAGGAGAGAGGAGUUGGAGAGGGAGAUGAAGGAACGGAUGAGGGUCGAGGAUCAGGCGCUGAAGCCGCUGCAUCCGGAGCAGGCCGGGGCGGAGGAGAAGAAGGAGGGGGAGGAGUUGAUUAUGUUUGGGGGAAGGCCGGUGCCGGGGCAGGGGCAGGACAUGGGCGCAAUUGGAGAGGGGGAGCAGAAGAAGGUGGUGGAGCAGCAGCAGCCGGUGUUUGGACAGCCGAUGCCGCAGAAUGAUAAACCGUUUGGUGGGUUGUGAGUGACGGAUGGGACGGGGGAAACAUAUCGAUGGUUAUCGCAUACAUGGAGUUUGGGGUUGCUUUCAGACUUUGGCUUCUGGUAAAUACUUUUGUUACUUGGGCUGUCGUCCAUUGUACAAUUGAUGAGUACUGUAGUGUACCUACUAGGUAUAAAGGCACACAAAUGGGAGGAUGCGAGUAAAUGCAGAUGGAUAAAGUACAUAUGCUCACACACUCUUUCC